AUGGGUUUUGCGGAAGAGACGGGUAGUGAUAGUAGUCAGGCCUCCUCAUCCUCUAGUGUAUCAUCAUUGAAGGCCCCAUGUAUGAUUCAAGAGUCGGGAUGUUACAGGCCUAACGACCCGGACCAGCCUGACUAUUCAGACUGGUUCGACGAUUUAGACGGGCAAAACGAACUAGACAAGCAUGACGACCAGGAUGGCACCGACCACUCGGACGGGCCCGACAAAUCACACGGGCCUAACGACCCGAACAAGUGUGACGACCCGGAUGGGCCCAACAACACGAACGGGCUCGACAAACCAGACAGAUGGGUUUGUCUGGUCGGGUCUAAUGACACAAACAAGGAAAACGACUUGGACGGGCCUGACAACCCGGACGGACACGAUGAACCAGACGGGCCCAAUGACCAAGAUGAGUCCAACGACCAGAACGGGCCCAACGAGUUGGACGAGCAAGAUGAUCCGGAGGGGCCCAACGAACUUGACGGGCCAAAUGACUUAAAAGGGCUCGUCCAAACCAUUGGGCUCAUCCGAACCAUUGGCUCGUCCGGGUCGUCUGGCUCGUCUAUAUCGUCAGGCCCGUUUGGAUCGUUGAGCUACUUCAGGUCGUCAGACUCGCCUGGAUCGUCGGGCCCGUCCGGGUAG